UCCCAUUCAUUAAAAAUGUCCCCUGAACCGUCUGCAUGUUUCAGCGCGUUUUCAACGGCCACCGUGGGCGACCUGUGCGAAUGCCAAGAAACACCAAGAACACCAAGAACCCGUACUCUGUGGUGUGGCUAAAAGGCCAAGGCGAAAUGCGUGCGCUACAAUGGCUCGGCAAGGGGGCUUUGUCACCUCCGGUAAAAUUGAUCUUGGAAGCAGAGCGCAUGUAAAACAGAGCUGUUCCGCUGCCGGUGGCAAGUUCACGUUGCAAUCAAGGCACUCAUUCUUUUACGCCAGACAACAGAAGAUUUCGCCCAUAUACCAGUUGGUGUACUUUCGUUUAGGGCUCUUCUUUGCGCAAACCAGUACUUUUCUCAACUUUGUUUUUCUCAACAACCAUCUGUAUGCUGCAAACUCCUUGGAGAGUAUCAUAAGCUGCAGAUAUGAAGUCCAACGGCGUUUCGCUGUCGCUCCUAGCGUCCCUUUCUGUUGUUGCUGCUGCUGAUCUUCCCAGUAUUGUAGUAAAGGGCAACAAAUUCUUCUACCCCAAUGGAACUCAAUUCUUUAUGAAGGGAGUGGCUUACCAGCAGGAAUUCGGCGCUGCUGGUACCGGAACCACCUCGACCGGCUCCAACUCGUAUAUUGAUCCGCUGGCAAACAAGGCCAACUGCGAACGUGACGUCCCUCUUCUCAAGGAACUCGGAACAAACACCAUUCGCACGUAUGCCAUCGAUCCUACCGCCAAUCAUGACGCUUGCAUGAAGCUCCUCCAGGAUGCGGGCAUCUACGUAGUGGCCGAUCUCAGUGAGCCGAAGCUCUCCAUCAACCGCGAAGAGCCAAAGUGGACGACGGAUCUUCUUGAGCGCUACCAAAAGGUGGUGGAUUCCAUGUCAAAGUAUUCCAACGUUAUUGGAUACUUUGCCGGCAACGAAGUGACCAACAGCAAGAACAACACUGCUGCUUCGGCCUUCGUCAAGGCUGCCGUUCGCGACACGAAGCGCUACAUCAAGGAUAAGCACAACUCUCGCUGGAUUGGCGUCGGGUACGCUUCCAACGAUGACGAAGACAUCCGCACCGACAUCACCAAUUACUUCAACUGCGACAAGACCGAAGACUCGGCCGACUACUGGGGCUACAACAUCUACUCGUGGUGCGGUGAUAAGAGCAGCAUGAAGAUCUCGGGAUACGACAAGCAGGUCGAAUUCUUCAGCAACUACUCCAUCCCCGUCUUCUUUGCCGAGUAUGGCUGCAACGACCCCGGAGGUGCUGAGGCCCGUGUCUUUGAGGAUACAGAGGCUCUGUACUCCUCAGAGAUGACGGGUGUUUUUAGCGGCGGUAUUGUGUACAUGUACUUUCAAGAAGACAACGACUACGGUCUUGUCCAGAUCAAGGACGGCAAAGCCGUCAAGAUGAAGAACUUUGAGGCCCUCAAGAAAAAGAUGGCCAAGGCUAAUCCUCAAGGAACUACCUCGUCCGCCAAGGAAGCAAAGCUGGCCGAGUGUCCUAGCCUAGCUGUCAAUUGGCAAGCAAGCAAGGCACUCCCACCACAGCCCAACAAGGCCCUGUGUGACUGUAUGGUCCGCUCUCGAUCCUGCGUGCCCAAGUCAAACCUCAAAGAAAAGUCAUUCGGAAGCGUCUUUGACUUUAUCUGCAGCAAGAACACCGACUUGUGCGUCGGCAUCAGCGCCAAUGCCACCAGCGGCAUCUACGGCGCAUACAGCAUGUGCGACGACUCGGCCAAGCUCGCCUUUGUCAUGGACGCGUACUACCAGAAGCAGAACAGCGGAGCUUCAUCUUGCGACUUCGAUGGUGCUGCUAAUACCCAGACGGCCACCAACGAGGACAGCUGCGCUGCGUUGUUGAAGUCGGCAAAGGAGGUCAAUGACAAUGCCGCCGCUGGCAAGCCUACCCAGUCUGACAGCAAAAAGAAGGAUAGUGGCGCUAUGGGAAUGACGGUUGGUGGUCCGGCUGCCUGGAUUGCUGCCGCUGUUGCUGUUGUGGCUAUGUCAGCUUAAUUGUGAGGUCUUGAUUGGCUGUAUAUUUAGUUUCUGGUUAGUUCGUUUUAAGGACUAUAAUAGUCUGUAGACCACUCGUUAUUGUAAUUUUUCAAAGAAAUAAAUCAAGC